AUGGUGAAAACUCUGCCCUUUGCCGAUCAACCAUCUUUGUCAAUGUGUUCCCACUAGCUCGUCCUCUUUCUUCGCCAAUGUCGAACCCUUGAGGAGCUCUGCCAAACACACAUGCUCCUCAUCAAGGUUUGCCUCUUCCCUUCCUGCUACUCCAUUGUCAAGGACCUCCUUGAUGUUGCCACACUCUCUAUCCUCGGCAAGCUUUGCUACGCCUCAAUGCCUUCCGCCACCUCUCUACCCCCAAUGCCAUUACUUGCAACAUCAUAAUUCGAGGCCUAAUUGCUAGUGGCUCCCCCCGCAUAGCACUUGCCAUCUUCCUCUAGAUGUUGGCUGAGUUGGCGGCACUGCCCAAUCAGUUCACCUUUUCUUGCACCCUCAAGUCCUACUUUAGGCUUAGGUCCCUACAAUUCAACGAGUAGAUCCAUGCCAUGGUGGUGAACUACAUCCUUACAUCCUUUACUCUAGAGAAUUUGUGCACAACUCUCUGAUCCACAUGUACACCAUCUAUAGUAGAGCUAAUGCCACCCACCAACUUUUUUAUCAAAUAUGUUAAGGUAUUAGCCUCAAUUAAAUGCCCACAUGGGCCAAGAUCUUAGAUUCAGCUUCAAGAGGGGAUCAUGUAUAUAGAUCUUGGGCAAAUGACAAUCGGUCAAUUGUUCGUCACCAAGGGUGGUGACUAAUAACAUUUUUCUAAUGGUUGAUAGGGCCGAUUUGGCUGUCAAGCGUCUAGGGAAAUGUAAACAAUAAAACAACUUAAGGCAAACCAUAGAGAAGAUCUUGAAGAUUUGUCAUGUGGAAAAAAUGAUUAUAAAAAGACAGAAAAAAAAGAAUGAAACAAGGCAAUCAAGGAAGAAGACCCUAGAGAUUUGUCAUAUUGAGCAAGUAAUCCAUCAAAGAACUCUUGUGAGAGUCAUCUAUUCCUACCCUUCAUUUUUAUCUUUCUAUUUCUCUAAAAUCCUCAAGUUUCUUAGAGAAUGAGGACCUUAUUAUAAUCGUAAUUCCCUAAGUCAAUAGUAAUUACAAUACUUUGUCAUUUCUUCCUCCUCCUUGGCUCAAAGUCCAUCCACCCUCAAUUUAGGGCACUCAUCACAUUAGUGUCAAAGCCCAAUCGACCAUUCCACCAAGUUGCCUAAGCCCCAUGACAACUGAUUUGAAUUCUUUGAGAAAGAGUUUGAGGAACUCUACAACGAUCAAUAUCAACAACUCAGCAGCCAAAAUAAACAAAGAAGCUCUCAAGAUUAAACAAGUUGAACUCAAAGGACAAUUGGAAAGCUUCAUGCAAUAACAAAUGACGAUAAACAACUAGCUUUGUACUAUCACCAAAGUCUUAUAAUCCCUCCAACUCAUCAUAUAAUAAAAUUCCCUAACAUUUAACCCCUGGCCCAAGAAAGAUUAUUUUCUAGAGACUAGAAUCUCGAGGAGCCCAUUUAUAGAAGAUCAAUUUCUCACAAGGGAAACAACAAUGAGGCCCCCAUACAUCAUAAUUCUAACUCACCAACCAAUAGGGCUCCCUUUGGUCAACCAAACCUAAUCUUUAACGAGCAACAACUUAAAUUGUGGUGAGGACAAAGAUUAGAAUUAUUGACCUUUUAUGGGUUGGGACUUAAAAGCUAGAUCUUUAGAGCGAAGCCAUACUUUUCUACGUAUGGGGUUCUAGAAUAAGAGAAACUCAUAUUGGUGGGGCUAAACAUGGAUGAGCUAACUUUGCACUAGUUUCAAUGGAUUAUGCACUAUCAUCUAAAUUGUGAUGACUUUCGUAAUCAAUUAUUAAAAAGGUAUAGUUUCAACCAAUCAAAUUCAUUAUAUGAUAAGCUUUUGAGCCUCUACCAACACAAUAUCAUGGCCACAUACAAGGAAGAUUUUGAGCUCCUCACCAAUAUCAUUCAAGAUAUUCCAAGCCUGAUGUUGGAGAAUACCUUCCUAAAUGGUCUCAAAGACAAAAUAUAGGUCGAGGUCUAUGUGCUCAAUCCACAAAGGUUUGAAGACAUGAUGAAGAUGGCCCAACUAGUGAGGAAAACUACUCAACAUCUUGUCUCACCUAUCCACACUAGCUUAACCUCAAUGCCUCAAGCUCAUAGAGGAGCUAGAAGUGGCCCUAGAGCCAUGUUAGUCAAAAAUGUUAGACCUUAGCCUCACAAGAUGAUGAGAAGAAGACUAGUUGAUUGGAGCCACUAUAACAUGUGCUACAUAAAGUAAUGUUCCAAACCAAAGGAGGAAAAUUACAAUCUCUCAUGGACAUACAUGAAGCAUUGAAAUUAUGUGAAAGGAUUGAAAUCACAUGUCAUGAUUUUGGUGGACACUAGCACAACUCAUAAUUUCAUCAACAACUAGUUGGCCCAUAACCUACACCUGCUGCUCAUCUAAAUUUCAUAGUAUAAGGUCAUCACCAAAUCUGGCGAGUAGGUGCAUGGCAUGGAGCUUGUGUCUUAAAUCUUCAUUGACUUUGAACACAUCCACAUCUACAAUGAUUUUCUUUUCUUUCCACUAGCCACAAUAGAAGUUGUCCUCAAUGUGAAAUGGUUGAAGUCUUUAUAACAAUUUGAUGUAGACCUUGAAGAAGGUAUAUUCUGUUUUUAUAUAGGGAUGGAACAAGUGAUUUUUAAGGUGAAGUGAAUAGAAGAAUAGGUAAAGAUUGUAUUGAAGUCAUUGUCUAGGUACAUGAAAAUUGGCGACUUAUGCUUCGAACUCUUCCAACUAUCAACAAUAAAGUUAAGCACAAAUUCAACUAUAGGGGAGGAAUGACUAAGGCCUGAAUUUUUAGACGUAUUUAUUGAGUGAUAUGACCUACCACCACAUCAUGAGGUUGACCACCAAAUCAACCUAAAUCUAUAAGUUACGCCUAUCAAUAUUCAAUCAUUAUGCUACUCAUACUUUGAGAAAAUAGAAUUAGAUAAGAUAGUUAAAGAAAUGCUCAAGGGUGAAAUUAUACAACAUUUGUAAAGCUCAUAUUCGAGCCCUACACUCCUCAUCCAAAAGAAAGAAGGCACUUGGAGAUUUUGUAUGGACUACUAAACCCUCAACUUAAUAGUUGUCCAUGAUCAAUUCUUAAUUCAUAUGGAGGAACUUGUUUCACGUCACUAACAUCUUCUUUAAGUUAGACCUCCAAGUAUAGUAUCACCAUAUUUGAGUCAAAGUAGAGGACGUUUCAAAGACAACAUUCCACACUCACAAAGGACAUUAUGAGUUCUUUGUAAUGUCCCUUGGACUCACCAAUACCCCUACCACAUUUCAAGCAUUGAUGAAUAAAAUCUUUCAUCAAUUUCUCUAAAAAUUUGUGUCAAUCUUCUAUGACUAUAUUUUGAUAUACAACAAAAGAUCUAGAGGACCAUGAGGUUACCUGAACCAAGUAUUCAAAGUCUUGAAUCAGCACUAACUACAUACUCACUUGAAGAAGUGUAGCUUCGAGUAGUGCUGGAUUGUCUACCUUAUGCAUUGGAUCUCUACCCAAUUCCUUUGAAAUUUGACCCAAUUGCUAAAACUUGAUGCCUUCUAUUGAGAGAGCAAGCUAGAAGAGGCAUUCUAAUAACUUAAGAAGGUAUUGACUUCUACUUCAAUACUUUCUCUACUUGAUUUUACACUAACCUUCUAAUUGAAAGGAGACUCGUCGUGUAGAGGCAUUGAAGAUGUAUUGAUGCAAAAGCAAAAACCAAUCGCCUAUUUCAACUAGGGACUGUCAUCCAUCAAAAAAUUUACAACAAUUUAUGAAUAUGAAUUAGUAGUGAUCAUCUUGACAACCUUAAAUAGAAGCAUUACAUGUUAGGAUAAUGUUUUACUAUCUUCACUGAUCAGCAAAGCUUAAAGUUUAUCAUAAAGCAGCGAUAGGUACUGCUGGAAUAUCAAAAAUGAUAACCUAAACUAUUGAUAUUCAAUUUUGAAAUAUAGUAUAAGGCAUGAGCUGAGAACUAAUCAAUUGACAUAGCUAGAAUUGCUGGAUGACAACUAAAUCACCAUGAAUAUUACAGUGAUCCUUAUUUAUCAAAAAUUCAAGACCAAGUUCUCCAACAUCCAAGAAAAUGGCCAACAUAUGCGAUGCAAUAGAGAUUAAUAUUUUGAAGGGGACACAUGUUGAUUUUAGAACAGCCCAUUGUCAUCCCUUUGAUCCUCCAAGAAUUCUACGACGCUUGCAUAGCCAAACACUUGAGAUUCCACCACAUCUAUUUGAGAAUUCAGCAAAACUUCAUGUAGAGGAGAAUGAAGGGCCGAAUUCGACAAUAUGUCUCCACCUGCUAGGUAUGUCACUACCUGCUAAGUCAAAAAAAUUGUCUUUAGCUAGUUUGCUUCAACUGCUGCCUUCCAAUGGGUUUAAUGUAGUAAUGGUGCUCGUGGAUCAGCUCAACAAGUACGCCCACUUCUCCCUAUCAAAGCACUCAUUUUCUGCAAAGGAUGUCUCCCAUAUAUUCAUUCAAGAUGUUGUCUAUCUUCGUGGGGUUUUGAAGUCAAUGCUAUCCAACAUUCAUUCAGAUCGUCCUCAAUAUUUUUUUGACCAAGCUCUUCUAACUAUAUGGCGUAACUCUCAAAUGCAUGAGCUUGUAUCACCCACAGACCAACAACCAAUCAAAGGUGGUAAACUAGGGGCUUGAAACAUGUCUUCAAUGUUUUGUAAGUGUCCAUCCCAAGUAUUGAGCCAUUAUCUCUCCUAGCUAGAGUAUUGGUUCAACACUACCUUCAAUAUCUCCACUGACAUGACCCCCUUUAAGGUAGUCUACAUGGGAGAUCCCCAACACUUCACCAUUAUUUUUCAAGUUCCUCCAUGGUGGACACAAUGAACCAGAUGCUCCAAGAGAGGGAUCAAGCUCUCAUCUAGCUGAAGCAGCACCUGAAAUGAGCCCAAGCAUAAAGAAGCAUGUAGAUCAUCAGCAAUGAGACGUUGAGUUUCAGUUGGAGAUCGAGUAUUUCUCUGAUCCAGCCUUACCAGCAGCAAUUGGUGGCUCGAUGGCUGUAUGAGAAACUAUCUCCUUAAUUUUAUGGGCUGUUCAACAUCAAGGAGCAGAUCAGCCCAAUAUCCUAUUGGCUAGAGCUCGCCAUGGCCCGAAUCCACUUCGUCUUCCACGUGUCUCAAUCAAAGCAUGCGAUCAAUGGUUUUGACCCUAGUGGGCUGCUCCAUGUGGAAGAUGACCUCUCCUAGACUCUUCGACUAGAAGAGAUCCGAGCUAUUUGUCACAACUCCAUGAGAAGUGAGGUUCUUAAUCAUUAAUAGGAAUUACCAUUUCACCGACAUGUGGGAGCCUACCCAUAUGAUCCUCCAUCAUUCCAAACUUCUACCUUAAGGGCAAGGUGCUCCAUUUGGGGGGGAGUAUUGUUGAGGCAUUAGCCUCAACUAAAUGCUCAUGUGGGCCAAGAUCUCAGACCUGGCUGUAGGACGGGAUCAUCUAUACGGAUCUUGGGCAAAUGACAGCUGAGGGCAGUGACCGUCAAGCAACCAAGAAGUCGUUUGCAGGGCUAGUCAGGCUGUUAAGUGACCAAGGAAGGGUCGCCGAUGGAAUGGUUCAAGGCAAAUUGAGGUGCUCGAUUAUAAGAAGAUAGAAGGAGAAUAAUGAAGCCAUGUAACUAAGAAGGAAGAAGACCUUAGAGAUCUGCCAUCUCGAAGAGGUUACCCAUCAGAGAACUCUUACGAGAAUCCUCUAUUCCUACCCUCCACUAUUAUCUUCCCUUUUCCCUAAAUUCCUCAAGUUCUCCGUAGAACAUAAUUCCUUGAGUCAACAAUAAUACUCUGUCCUUUCUUCCCCCUUCUCCCGCCCUCAGCUCAAGGCCGUCCACCCCCAAUUUGUGGCACCCAUUAGAAUUCCCCCUCCCGGGCCUGGUCUCAUAGAACACCAUGCUCGUGGGAUACGCGAAGCUCAGGGUGUGGGCCACCGUCGUUGACUUGUUCCGCCGGAUGGUUGACUCCAUAGCUCCGUUCGAUAGCACGACUCUGAUCGUCGUCCUCAACGCCUGUGGGAGGCUGGGGGAGCUUGAGCUCGGGGUCUGGAUCAGCAGGUACGUGGAGAGGAAGAAGAUGAGGAGCGGCAACACCAACCUGGCGACGUCUCUGGUGGACAUGUUCCCGAAAUGCGGCCAUCUGGAGAAGGCGCGCGCACUGUUCGACGAAAUGCCAAACAGAGAUGUCAUCGCAUGGAGCGCCUUGAUCUCGGGGUACGCCCAGCAGGGGCGCUGCAGAGAAGCUCUCGAUCUCUUUCGCGAGAUGCAGCUCGCCGGCGUCGAGGCCAACGAGGUCACCAUGGUCGGCGUGCUCUCUGCCUGCGCCGACACCGGCGCCCUGGAGACCGGCCGGUGGGUGCACUCCUUCGUGCGGCGGAGCCGCCUGAAGUUCAGCGUGACCCUGGGGAAGGCCUUGGUGGACUUCUACGCCAAGUGCGGCUGCGUAGACUCGGCCAUGGCGAUCUUCUCCGAGAUGCCGAGGAAGAACGUGCUCUCAUGGAGGGCGCUGAUCCAGGGGCUGGCCAGCAAUGGGAGGGCCGAGGAGGCGCUGGAUCUCUUCUCCUACAUGCUUGUGACGGGCGUUCGGCCUAACGAGGUCACACUCCUCGCCGCCCUCUCUGCCUGCGGCCACGCCGGCCUGGUCGCCGAUGGCCGCUCGAUCUUCGACUCCAUGAAGAGCAUCCAUGGCAUCGAACCGAGGAUCGACCACUGCGGCUGCGUGAUCGAUCGUCUCGGCCGAGCAGGCCGGAUAGAGGAGGCGCGCCGAUUCAUCGGCGCCAUGCCUGUCGAGCCGACCGCCGUCGUGUGGAGGAUCCACCUGGCUUCCUGCAAGAUCCAUGGGGAAGUCGAGAUCGGGGAAGAGUCGCUGAACCAGAUCACAAGAUUUGACCCGCUCCACAGCGGGGACUACCUCACCAUGUCGAGCAUCUACGCAGCCGCCGGCAGGAUGGAGGACGCCUUGAAGAUCGCGGAUGAAGGAGAUGGGGAUUAGGAAGCCUUCGCCUGGAUUCAGCUCGAUCGAGGUCGAUUCCACGGUGCACGAGUUCUUCACCGUCGAUCGCCGGCGCCGGCGGCCUCGCCGGAAGGAGAUCCACCGGACGGCCGGAGAGAAGGCGAUGGAGAGCAGCCCACUCCGGCCUGUGGCGGCUCGAUGA